GACGUUGGUGACAGUCAGCUGGCAGCAAUACAACGGACGGUGCAGUUGUGUUUAAUUGGAGCGGCGUUUCGGUUAAUACAAACGAACAGAAGGAAGUUUAGGUUACUCUCGAAAUGUCUGGCGAUCUUUUUGGAGUGGCGAGCGUCGGAUGUUCAUUUGAUACGGAAAGGAGCUGAGGAGGCAGCUGAGCUUAUGGUUGAGGGAAUGUGUGAGAAGUCACUAUCGCUGUUGGUUUACAAGUAUUCCGGGUGUAUUCUGUCGUUGAUGUACAGAUCAGAUGUGGAAUGGGAGGUGAUGAGGUCGGCGCGGGUGGUGUGUUCGAUGUUGGAGUGGUGCGGCGAGAGGGCAUUCUUCGAGACUGCUUCGGUUAUGAACACUCAAAUGAUGACUUUGCUGGAUAGACAGGCUGAGUAUGGACAUACGAAUGUAAUGAAGUGGUACGGACACUGCCAAAGUUUCGGCACUGUGCCAUCUGCAGGGUGUGAUAACGGUAAUGGAAAUGUUAGUGAUGGUGAUGAGAUUGCUGUGGUAGCGGACUCUUUGCCAAGAUUUUGGCAUGGGGCCAUCUGCAGGAAUUGUCGAGCUGUGGUACUUCGUGCCAUCAUGAAUUUCGUUAGCUGUUCGGCCAGAUGGUUCGCUGACGAGCGUGAGGAGGGGGACGAAUCUUAUCAGACUGAUAACUUAAGUGAUAAGGACUCUUAUCAGUCUACUGAUAAGGGCAGUGAUAAGAAUGAUAAGGACGCUGAUAACGAGGCGGAAGUGUGGAACGGAAAUAAAAAACGACGUUCUCGACCGGAAUUUGUUUUGGCCAUUGAACAGAUUUUGAAACGCAGCUUAUCAGUCGCUUGGCAUGGUGACGGACAUUUUGCUAAAGUUUUGGCACUGUGCCAUCUGCAGGGUAUAAUAACAACAAUGGAGAUGUCGGUGGCGGUAACGACGGUGCCAUGAACAAGGCAUUUGACUAGUUCUGCGCAUCUGAAAACGCGUUUGAUGUCAUUGCAAUUGCUGGAAGUAUCGUUGUGGGCCUUGAAGCAUUUCCCGAACACCCUCUGCCCACUGGUUCACGAUAAUUGGCCUGGUGUAAAGUUGAGUGCGGUGGGUGCGAAUCUAUUGGCUCGUAAAAGGGCACUGAAGGUGAUUUUGGCAAUGUGUUCCACUACAGGAUCGUUUAUAUACAGACGGUUUAAGGCGGAAGUUUGGUCGGAGAUCGUGAGAUAUAUGCAGGAUGUGCAGAAGAAAGGGACAGGGAAGGUGCGGGGUGAGGGAGAGCAGAGGGGACGGAGGGUGGUGCUGGGCAAGGGAGAGGCGUUUAAGUAUCAGAGGAGUGUUCUGAAACAGUUCAGUUUUUGCGGUUUUUGGUUGUGGGAUUGGUUUGGAUUCGUUGAGAUGGCGUUUGGGCACUUGUUUACUUUAGGGGAUUCGCUCGCGUAUAACAACUGA